CCGGGUAUUUGGGAGAAGACGAAGAUGAGUGGAGGAAGUACAAACGAACACACCAGCGAUUUACCAGCUGAAGAAAAUGUACCCUGUCUGUUAUCUAAACGAUGGAUUCUGGCCUAUACCAGUUUUGUCGGCUUCGUCCUGGUCUAUGCAACGCGUGUCAACAUCAGCAUGGCCAUCAUCUGCAUGGUGCGGUCAGACGACUACAACAACCACAACAACAGCCACAACGACAGCGUCCUCCGUGGUCAUGAUAUUGUGAAUGAAACAGGACCGUGCGGAAGUCUGCACCAUGAAGUCUCAGUGACGGAAGGAGAAUUCGACUGGGACAAGUCUGUUAGGUCACGUGUUCUCGCCAUGUAUUUCUACGGCUACAUUUUCACCCAGUUGCCCGGUGGGUGGCUAGCCGCUAGGUACGGAACUAGAAGGGUGUGGGGGUACGCCAUGACCCUAGUUGGCGUCUGUACCACCCUCACCCCUAUAGGCGCUAGGACCAGCGUCUAUCUGCUGUACGCGCUACGAUUUCUCAUCGGCUUUGGAGCGGGUGUUUCGUUUCCCGCCAUGCACUCGAUGUUCGGGCGGUGGUCUCCCAAGUUUGAACGAAGCAAGCUCAUAUCGUUCAGCUAUUCCGGUGCGGCUGUGGGAACAAUCCUCACAUUUGGUCUUUCCGGCUUCAUGUGUGCCUACGGAUUCGACAACGGCUGGGGGUCUAUAUUUUACCUCACAGGUGGCGGCACUCUACUGUGGGCAGUAGUUUGGUUCUUCGUGGUGGCAGACACACCCAGUCAGCACAACACCAUCACAGAGCUAGAACAAGACUUUAUUGAAAAUUCGAUAGGUUUGAAGGGCGGUCUUAAGCGUGAUUCCACCCCCUGGCUGGCCAUGUUGAAAUCGGCGCCAUUGUGGGCGAUCAUAUUUGCGCAUGUCUGUAACAACUACACGAACUACACUCUGCUGACCAGUUUACCGACGUUCAUGAAAGAAGUUCUCAAGUACGACAUCAGACAGAAUGGCAUGCUCUCGUCGUUACCCUACCUAUGCACCUGUAUUUCCGCUAUCUGUGCCGGGCAGCUCGCGGACAUUGUGAGGGCCAAACACAUUCUGAGUACAACACUGGUGAGGAAGAUUUGGCAAAACACAUCGUUCUGGCUGGCGGCCUCGUUCCUGGUGGGUGCUGGGUUUGUGACGUGUGAGCAGCGCGUGGUGGGCGUCGUGCUGCUGUGUCUGUGCGUCAGCGCCAUGGGCAUCAACAAGGCGGGCUACAUGGUCAGCCACGUCGACAUCGCGCCCAGGUAUUCUGGAGUUCUCCUAGGAAUUAGUAAUACUCUUGCUACGAUACCGGGUAUGAUUGCGCCUUUAGUAGCAGGGGUGUUAACUCCAAAUAAAACUGCAGAGGAAUGGAGGAAUGUGUUCUAUGUGUGUGCCGCGCUGGCUGUAGCAGGCGCCAUUUUGUAUGGGUGUUUAAUCAGUGGAGAGCUCCAGCCCUGGGCACGUGACAAGGACACGGAACGCGCUGCACUGCCGGAAAACGACGAGAGCGACCGAACUAAUGACGAAAAGGAACGACGGAAUAACUAAGAACAAGAGUGAUGAGAGAAAAGCAAUAUCUGCUAAGAACGAUAUAUAAAAAAACACACAACAAAAACACAUUUUAAUAUACAGGUAUUUUUAUUAAUGUUCUGUACAUUUCUGAUCAUUGUCGUUUGGGAGAUGGUGUGCAUAACAGACCAGUUUGACCUAUUUUUCAGUCACUUUACCUAAUUAAUUGUAUCAUGAAAAAAAAAUGUAUUAAAAUAUAAGCAUUUCUUUUGUUAUUUAGCAUAUUUUUAACCACCACCCCCCCCCCCCCUCAAACACACACAAACAUACUUAUUUUAUACUAAGUAUUGCCCAAACCAGUUAUUCCGCAUUACAAAAAGUGUCCUCUCAAAAAUAGGUCAUUUUUAAGCAUAUCGCAAGUCAAAA